CCUCAUUCAGGCGUUGCACAUAUACGAUGGUGUGGGCAACAAAAGGGUCUUAAGAUACACAUAUACCGGGGUUGACUUCCGACCCCCACCAAUACAGUCUGUUCGAUCGGAAAUAGAGCUCGUAUAUUUAAACAGCCUCGUGCCGGAUUUCGUCGGAUACAGCGCAACAUAUUACAUGAGCUCAGACCAUUCCUGGUUAACCGAACCUUACUCCGCGACAUGUCAAGGUAACAUUCGCGGCGACGGAGGUCACAUACUGAGACCGGUGGACGCGGACGGAGUGCGGACGACGGGCUAUUUCGACUGUCUGUGGAUUGUCAGGCGGCUGGGACCCGCUCCCGUCAACCGGCUGUACAUGAAGGUCGAACAGUUCACGACGAGAUCACCGGGAGAACACGAGGAGAACAGCCUCGAGAUUCGUGAGGGGUCGCACUCCGAGGCGCCGCGGCUAGCGCGCCUGCGCGGCAAGCCGGGAGAGGUCGGUCAACUGGCCAGCGACGGCUUUACUAGCGACGACGCGCUGUACGUGCGCCUGCGCGCCUACUUCUCCGAAGGCGACACACUCGUCAUCUCGUACGCCGAGUUCUCCACCGUCAGAAGUGUGAACAAGCAGUUUGACUGCGGCAACCAGCGCUACAUCAACGCCACACUCGUCUGCGAUUUCUUCGACAACUGCGGUAAUUAUGCUGACGAGUUGCCGCCGUAUUGCAACGAGAGCCGACCGUGGAUCACUACAUUCUCCCCGUCGGAAUCAGGCGAGAAAUCGGGGGUAUACACAUUUGCAAUUGGCACGCUGAUAGCGAUCGCUCUCAUAACUUUGCUCUCACUGCUAUUCCUCACCGUCUACCACCGCCGACGAAUCUUCUCCAGAUCCAGUUCAGGUGGCAGCCGCGCAGCUGCAUCAGUGGCGCCGCAGAAUCAGAAUGCGGACAUAGCGACGGUGAGCGGUAACUUCGAUGAUGUCGGUCGCCAUGACACCAAUCUUCAGCCGCCAUCUUACGACAUCAUUAUGAACGAGUACGGGCCGCCGCCUCUGUACAGCAACGUUAUACAGGAGAUCCUAGAGGAACGCACUGCCGCCCCGUGCCACCAUAACACCUGCGUGGACGACGUCGCGUCGAAGGCAGACAGCACGGCAUGAGAAUCGAACAGACCGAGAAUACCUGCCAGGACGAGACAGAUAAGCGCAGUGGCCGCACUGAGAACAACGGACAGAAAGACGACGAUGGUUAAGGCGGGUAGCGGCGCACGAACACUGAUCCACAGCGAACACUCCUCGAUCGUGAUGAAAACUCUCUGACCCAGGAUGUAGUCUAUACCAGACCUUUCUUGGGACAGCGUACUUUUCUUCGAGAUGGUCUGGUUAUAGCUCGAUCGAUGAAGAUCGAGAAAUUUCUGAUGAUUUGAGUUAGGUUGCUUUCCAUUUACCUUGUUAAUUUCCGUGUGGUAUCGCCUGGUAUGUGCUAGAAUAGCAUAUGUAGAUGUAUUUAUUAGUUAUAUGCAGGCAAUUAAUGACCUAUCAAGGUAAAUCGACUACGACGCAUAUGUUGGUGAAUUGAACCUCGAGAAAAGAUUGUUUUUUUCAUUAUGGAAACUAUUCUUCCAUAUAUUCCUCGUCGUGUAAAUUGAUAUAAUUAGUGCAUUUUUCUAAAGCGCAUAGAAUGUGCAAAUGAUACUGUGAUCUUCGCGUCACGUGCGUGCGUGGAACCAAUGUGCGUAUGAUUGUAAAAAUGGGUUUUAUGUAAAAUAAACCUGCUAGCGUUGCAUACCAUCGUUGAAUGGGCAGCAGGCGCUUUGUA